AUGUCACAAACUCCAUUUCGUCUUUUCAACCUGGCCUAUCCGACUCUUCGACUCGCCGUUCGAAAUAUGAAUUUGAUGGAUUUGUAAGUUGGCCCGCUUUUUUGAGGAGGAGGAGCAACUCUUCUCAACAAUUCAAGUUCUUCAAAAUUGCAGACUUCGAUUAUCGACAACCUCGCCGGCGGCGUGGCAAUUCGUUCGCGACGCCUCGAUCCAUCCGCUUCACGUGCUCGUUCGAAUCGAACCGUCCGAGACGGGCUACGUGGAGAUCACAGUCCACGAGCGUCAAUCUCUGCGGCUGAGCAUCGAGAGGAAUCUGGAGAUGGAGGAGUACGCGGCGGCACCGCUUCUUCCGCCCCACACCGUCGAGCAAAUUCUGACGGCGGCGGUGCUCGUUGCGCCCGAUUCGACGUGCGAUUGGUGUGUGAGUGUACGUGACACGCUCUCGGUCAGCCCCGUCAUCAUUCGAAUCGUCAACUACAUCAUGGCCCUGUUUCCGUGUAAAGUCACAGAAUUCCACUAUAGACCGGAAAUGCACGAGAGCCUCCCGCGCUGUCUCGACGCUCUCCACAUUCGAGAACUCGACGUGUUGACCGUCAGAAGCACGGGCCAGCAAACGUUUCCGUCCGAUUUUCUGGCGCAUGUCUUGGAAGAAGUGAUUGUGAGAGACAAGUUGGAUGUGAUGAUGAAAGUGGCGCAGGAGCAGCAAGACGAUCCCAUCAACCCGCUGCCGUUCCACCAGAAAAAGCUGCUCAUGGACUCGGGAGCCUGGUUCACGGGAGAACAUCUUCUGUCGUCGGAUUGCGAGCGCAUCGAGCUCUACGAGACGUGUGUGACGUUUGAGGAUCUGAAUAAGUACAUCAAGAACUGGAUGGACGGAUGCUAUGAGCACCUUCAAUUGAUGAUUUUGCUGGGCGACGAGAACUGGCACCUCGACGACGAGGCGCUUUUGAAUGGCAUCAACACGAGCGAGUACGAUGCGAGCAGACGGGAGUACUUUAACUUGUAAGCAUUGCUAUUAUAGGGGCACCGGACAGAAAGGGCGCGCUAUUGAGAAGAGCCCGCGAAAACCUGGGGGACUCUAAAUUUGAAUGGUGUGAGAAGAGAAAGUUAGUCCGCGGCCACGUAGGCUGCUGCAGAAAUUUUUGUUUUCCUUCAGUUUUUUCGUUUUCUUUUUAAUAAAUCGAUUGUGUUCUCACCUUUUUCGUAGUGAAUUUAAUUAAUUUUUUCUUUUUCAUGUAUAGAAUUUCUAUAAAAAGCUAGCGCAGUCGAAAAAUGGUGCACGUCGUCAAUGUUUUCUCUUAUUUUCCGCAAACUGUUGAUUGAAUCUGUUUAGAAACGCAUAUUUCGAACAUGAAAAAGAAAAAAUUCAAUUAAAUUCACUACGAAAAAGGUGAGAACACAAUCGAUUUAUUGAAACGAAAACGAAAAAACAGAAGAAAAACAAAAAUUUCUGCAGCAGCCUACGUGGCCGCGGACUAACUUUCUCUUCUCACACCAUUCAAAUUUAGAGUCCCCCAGGUUUUCGCGGGCUCUUCUCAAUAGCGCGCCCUUUCUGUCCGGUGCCCAACUCUACAUUUUUUGAAAACUUUGAAAGUUUCAGUCGAAAUGAGUCAUCUGGUUUAGAGAUAUUGUGAUGAAAAGGCUGUUGACUCAUUCAAAUCCAUAUAUCUCAGCUGCGGGUAAAGAUAUCAACAAAUUGUCAACGGAUAAAAUGUACACAAUGUCUCAAUGAACAAUUUGUUAGUUGACAACUUUUUGAUAUGUUCACUUGCGGCUGAGAUACGCUAUUUUGAAUAUGCACUGCAUUUGAUGUACCACCACCAGGAAAUCAAACUUUUUCUGCAGAGCAUUCUACCGAGAAGACGAGGACCUCGAGCAGUUUAGCGACACGAGCCACCGCGACCUGGAACUGUGUGUGGACGUGACGCGAGCCGACGGAACUUCGGCCACGAUUCUGUACGAACGACAACUAUUUCGGUUUUUGGUUUGGGGCCAGUGGGCCCGACUACAAUAG